CUGUCAUUUUUCACAAGCAGAAUUCAAAAUAGAAGCCCUCUAACUUCUCUUGAAGCCAGUGGCAGUUUUAUUGUCUUUCAUAACUUCGGUAAGAAUAACUUCACUGGUUAUCUCCCAUCUUUGCCAAUUGCCCCUGGAAGAUUAGGAAGGCAAACUGUGUAUGCAUUUCUUGCUGGUGGAAAUAAGCUUACAGGACUAUUCCCUGGAAAUGUUUUUGAGAAGUGUGAUGGAUUGAGUGUAAUGAUCGCUAAUUUCAGCAACAACAGGAUUUCUGGCCAGAUUCCUGAGAAGAUUGAUGAAAUGUGCAGAUCUCUGAAGCUUUUGGAUGUAUCAAGAAAUCAAAUUUCUGGCACAUUACCCCCAACUCUCGGGAACCUGUCUUCUCUUGUUAGUCUUUACUUGAGUUGGAACCAAUUGCAAGGUCAGAUUCCAGACCAUCUUGGACAGUUGAAGGGUCUGAGAUAUCUUUCUUUGGCUGGUAACAACCUGACUGGUAGCAUCCCUUCCAGCCUGGGGCAGUUGCAGUCCUUGGAAGUGUUGGACCUUUCUUCAAACUCAUUAUCAGGUGAUAUUCCAAAAGGUCUGGUAUCCUUGAAGAACUUGACUCUUCUUCUUCUCAACAAUAACAGACUUUCUGGGCAGAUCCCACUUGGUUUGGCUAAUGUGGCAUCACUUGCUCAAUUCAAUGUCUCCUUCAAUAAUUUGUCUGGGCCUAUUCCGUUGAAUGAUGAUCUGAUCAAAUGCAGCAGUUGUUUCAAUGCAAGCAACUGCAUAGGGAAUGGAGGUUUUGGGGCCACUUACAGGGCUGAGAUCUCUCCUGGAGUUCUAGUGGCCAUAAAGAGGCUCUCGGUUGGACGGUUCCAAGGUGUUCAACAGUUCCAUGCAGAGAUCAAGACUCUAGGAAGGAUGCGCCAUCAGAAUCUUGUGACUUUGAUAGGUUAUCAUGCGAGUGAGUCAGAGAUGUUCCUCAUAUACAAUUAUUUACCUGGUGGUAAUUUGGAAAAAUUUAUCCAGGAAAGGUCUAACAGGGCUGUUGAUUGGAGGAUACUUCACAAGAUUGCUUUAGACGUAGCCUGUGCACUUGCAUAUCUACAUGAUCAGUGUGUUCCAAGGGUCCUCCACCGAGAUGUUAAGCCUAGCAAUAUCUUGUUGGACAACGAAUUCAAUGCCUGUCUAUCUGACUUUGGGUUGGCCAGGCUUUUGGGAACUUCUGAAACGCAUGCCACUACUGGUGUAGCAGGAACAUUUGGGUAUGUUGCCCCUGAAUAUGCAAUGACUUGCCGUGUUUCUGACAAGGCCGAUGUAUACAGCUACGGUGUGGUGCUUAUGGAACUGAUCUCAGAUAAGAAAGUGUUGGACCCAUCAUUUUCUUCUUACGGGAAUGGUUUCAAUAUUGUUGCCUGGGCACGCAUGCUUCUGCCACAGGGUAGGGCCAAGGAGUUCUUCACUGCAGCGCUAUGGGAGUCAGGCCCCCAUGACAAUUUGGUAGCAACAUUGCACUUGGCUGUUAGGUGUACUGAUGAAUCUCUAUCACACAGGCCUACGAUGAAGCAAGUUGUUCAGCGGCUGAAACAACUUCAACCUCCUCCAUAGGUAAGUAAACAGGCUGCCAACCUGCCGCCAGCUCAUUGACAUUCCUUUGACACAUUUUAAAGGUGAAGAGUUGUAAUUUGUGCAAUUGCACUCGGUCCCAAUUAUGGGCAUCCAUCAGAUUCGGUUCUGAUUUGUAUUUAUUUUAUUUGUAAUAUAUUUCCAUCACCAUUUUCAUAGCUCUCCUCUGAAAGGGAKWUUUAUAGAUGAAUCUGCAGAAGAAUGCAGCAGCUAUCUGUCCUCUUACUAGACCAAUCUUCUAGAUUUAGUUCAAAACAUGUAUGCCAGUUCGUUUUAGCAGUAAAAUAAAACUGAAGAAUACAAAAGUACUUGCAAGGAAUUAGUUUUGGUAA